GUCUCCCUGCCAGGAAGUUCAGGAACUCGGUCACCGCCCCAGCCCUCCGCUACUGCCGUUGUUGAGCAAUAGUCUGCCUCUCAUCGAAACUCUUUGGAUAUUCUGCUCUCAGGAUCUUUUGGGUGGUAUUAAAUUAACUUUCGGUUACAAGUAUCUAAAGAAGGCGACGCAGCCCUAGUUUUGAGUGGUCGACUCGAGGGCAUUCAUUUAAGGGAGCCUGCGAGGCGAGGAAAGAGAAGAAAACUUCUGAGGAAAGCCAGACACAAUGUCAACUUUCGCCACGCCUAACAUCAACUUUAAAUGGGACCCAAAGAGCCUGGAGAUACGCACUCUAGCAGUGGAGAGGCUGCUGGAGCCCCUUGUUACCCAGGUUACCACACUGGUAAAUUCCAGUAAUAAAGGUCCAUCUAACAAGAAGAAGGGGCGCUCUAAAAAGGCUCAUGUUUUGGCUGCUUCAGUGGAGACUGCAACUCAGAACUUCCUUGAGAAAGGAGAGAAGAUUGCAAAGGAAAGCCAGUUCCUCAAGGAUGAGCUGACGGCUGCAGUGGAGGAUGUCCGUAAGCAAGGAGAGUCAAUGAGGCAAGCUUCAGGAGAAUUUGCAGAAGACCCCUGCUCCUCUGUAAAGAGGGGUAAUAUGGUUCGUGCUGCCAGGGCCCUGCUCUCAGCUGUCACGCAUCUGCUGGUGCUGGCAGACAUGUCUGAUGUGUACAAACUCCUCGUUCAGCUUAAACUGGUGGAGGAUGGUCUGGUUAAAGUGCGUAAUGCAGCUACAGAGCAGGACUUGGAAAACCAAAACAGCGCUCUGAAACCAGAGGUGAACAAGCUGAACUCGAUGGCUGCCAAGAGACAACAGGAGCUAAAGGACGUCCAUCACAAGGACCAAAUGGCUGCUGCGCGUGGAGUGCUACAAAGGAACAUCCCCUUGCUGUACACAGCAACCCGUGCCUGCCUGCAGCAUCCUGACGUGGCAGCCUACAAGGCUAACCGUGACCUGAUCUACAAGCAGCUGCAGCAAGCAGUGUCCGGAAUCUCCAAUGCUGCCCAGGCCACGACCGCUGAAGACUCGGCACUCGGUCAUCCAGCAGGGGGCGGAGAGCUGGCUUACGCCCUCAACAAUUUUGAUAAACAAAUCAUUGUUGACCCUCUGGCGUUCAGCGAGGAGCGCUUUCGUCCUUCUCUGGAGGAGCGCCUUGAAAGCAUUAUUAGUGGAGCUGCCCUCAUGGCUGAUUCCUCUUGCACACGUGAUGACCGCAGGGAGCGCAUUGUGGCGGAAUGCAACUCUGUGCGUCAAGCACUACAGGACCUUCUGAGCGAGUACAUGGGAAAUACUGGGAGAAAAGACAGAAGCGACACUCUGAACACAGCCAUCGACAGAAUGACAAAGAAGACUAGAGAUCUUCGUAGACAGCUUCGCAAAGCUGUGAUGGACCACGUCUCUGAUUCUUUCCUGGAGACCAACGUUCCUCUCUUGGUCCUGAUUGAAGCUGCAAAGAAUGGCAAUGAAAAAGAAGUGAAGGAGUACGCACAGGUGUUUCGUGAACACGCCCACAAGCUGAUUGAGGUGGCCAACCUGGCAUGCUCCAUUUCCAACAACGAAGAGGGGGUGAAGCUUGUCCGCAUGGCAGCGUCUCAGCUCGAAACUCUAUGCCCCCAGGUGAUCAAUGCAGCACUGGCCCUCGCUGCCAAACCCAAUAGUAAGGUGGGCCUGGACAACAUGGAUUUGUUCAAGGAACAGUGGGAGAAACAAGUCCGUGUCCUCACUGAUGCUGUUGAUGACAUAACAUCCAUUGAUGACUUCCUGUGUGUGUCUGAGAACCACAUCUUGGAGGAUGUGAAUAAGUGUGUCAUUGCUCUGCAAGAGAAGGACGUUGAUGGCUUGGAUCGCACUGCUGGGGCCAUUCGAGGACGUGCUGCCAGGGUUGUUCAUGUGGUCACUUCCGAAAUGGACAAUUACGAACCUGGAGUCUACACAGAGAAGGUUUUGGAGGCCACCAAGCUCCUUACUAACACAGUCAUGCCACGAUUCACACUGCAGGUAGAAGCUGCAGUCGAGGCCUUAUCCAGUGGCGACCCCUCAGUGGAUGAGAAUGAACUAAUCGAUGCAUCCCGUCUGGUGUACGACGGCAUCCGCGACAUCCGCAAAGCAGUCCUCAUGAUCAGAACUCCAGAAGAACUGGACGACUCCGAUUUUGAGACGGACGACUUUGAAGUACAAAGCAGGACCAGCGUUCAGACAGCAGAUGACCAGCUUAUUGGUGGCCAAACUGCGCGUGCUAUCAUGGCCCAGCUGCCUCAGGAGGAUAAGGCAAAGAUUGCAGAACAAGUGGCUAGCUUCCAAGAAGAAAAGAGCAAGCUGGAUGCCGAGGUAUCCAAGUGGGAUGACAGUGGCAACGACAUCAUUGUGUUGGCCAAGCAGAUGUGCAUGAUCAUGAUGGAGAUGACAGACUUUACCAGGGGAAAAGGGCCACUGAAAAACACAUCUGAUGUCAUCAGUGCUGCCAAGAAAAUCGCAGAGGCAGGAUCAACAAUGGACAAGCUGGGUCGCACCAUUGCUGACAACUGUCCUGACUCUUCCUGCAAGCAGGACCUGCUGGCCUACCUGCAGCGCAUCGCUUUGUACUGCCACCAGCUCAACAUCUGCAGCAAAGUCAAAGCCGAGGUCCAGAACCUGGGAGGGGAGCUGGUCGUUUCAGGGUUGGACAGCGCCAUGUCCCUCAUUCAGGCUGCAAAGAACCUGAUGAAUGCGGUGGUGUCCACCGUCAAGGCUUCUUACGUCGCUUCCACCAAGUACCAGAAGAGCAAAGGCAUGGAGGCCCUCAACAUGCCCGCCGUUUCCUGGAAGAUGAAAGCUCCUGAGAAGAAACCUCUGGUGAAGAGGGAGAAGGAUGACGGCCAGGCCAGAGUCAAGAGAUCCUCUCAAAAGAAGCAGGUCAACGUGGUGCAGGCUCUGAGCGAGUUCAAAGCCAUGGAUAGCAUCUAGACAAACGCACACACACCAUUGAUUCCCAAGAACACAAGUUAACGACCAAUGAGUUUGGAAUAGAUGGAGCUUGUCAUUGUUUCAUUAAGAAGACUCCUUGCCUGUCAGUCCAUCUGCAGCUUAUCUGUUGUAUUUCCACACUGCCCCAUUCCUGUUGCUUGCAUUCAGAUUGGCCAUGGCGCUCUCUUUGUAGAGGCUGUCAUUAGAGGGAAUCAGCUGGGCGAGCCUUUCUUCCUCCAUGUGUGUGGGGGCUUCGCCAGAGUGGAACUAACUCUUUCCUAACUACUUUAAAAGUAACACUUUUGGGCCAAGAGCUUCAUUCUGUUUUUCCUACUCUUUUCAGGAAAUAUUACCUAUGCAAAAUUUCAAUUGCCUUUUUUUUUUUUUUUUUUUUUGUUAUUGAGCAAUAAGUGUAGGUUUUUGUUUGUGAUGGGUAAAGGAGCGACAUGACACGUUUGGGUUCUUCUGUGUUGAGCUGUCUCCAUGUCUGCCUGUUCUUACAGUUCCAGCUGUAAAAACAUCGACUUAAAUGUUUUCUGCUUAUUCGAUUUUGGGAGGCUUUGAGUUUUUACGUCUAUUUUAAUUCUAAAUUAACCACCUGAAUCGGAUUUUGUCUUUAAGCCAAAGGAGGCAGGUUUUGGUCCAGAACCGGUCCAGUUAGAUAACCACAUUUAAAAGCAAACCGGUUUGGGAUCCACAGAAAUGAAUCCAAUCAAUGAUUUCCAAAUCCAACAAACUCUGCUCACAUCCAGACCGAGGACUUUUGUUUUAUGUCCAAUCAACAUUUUUGUCUUUUAGUUUAGUUCAUCAGUGCAAUCUGUCUCUUUCGUUUCUGUGUACCAACUUGUUUUGUCCUUGAGUUUUUGAACACUAAUCAUGAUUUUAAGUUCCAUGAGUGUUUUAUAAAGAAACCUUGAUAGAUUUUGGAGCUUUAAAGAACCUUUAUUUUGUUUUAACUUUGAGUCACAGCAGUCGUUCAGUGGAGUUGUUGUGCAGCAGAGUUGCAUGCUGGGACAUUGGUGUGGAGCUCCCGCUGCUCAGAAACUUUUUGUCAAACAUCUCUAAACUCCAGCUGGAUGGGCAUGUCUGGUUUUCUUUGACAGGUGCUUCUUUUUGUUUCCUCCUUCAUAGUUGAAGCCAGGCAGAAUGUUUUCCUCCAUUUGCACCCCUUUUGCUGUUUUUGGAUUUCAAUUUGGAGUGGAAUAGUAUUUUUAUUUACUGCUCACUUCUUAGUACACACCUUGUAUCAUUGUGCCUGAUUUAUAUAUAUUAAACAAAUAAAAUCAA